AUGGAGGAUCCGGGAAACUUCUCCAUUCCAUGUGAGAUCAAAAGGAAAAUGUUUAAUAAUACUUUUUGUGAUCUUGGAGCUAGUGUGAGCGUCAUGCCUUAUUCCAUUUUCAGGAAACUCGAGCUAGGUGAGCUACUCCCAUCUAACAUAACCCUUCAAUUGGCCGAUCGGACUAUUAUGAUUCCAAAGGGGAGAGUUGAGGAUGUUCCUCUUAAGAUAGGAGGGUUCACUAUUCCCGUUGAUUUCAUUGUGCUUGAGAUUGCGGAAGAUGACCAUAUCCCUAUCAUUUUAGGAAGAAUUUUCUUAGCCACUUCGGGAGCCUUAAUAGAUGUGAAAGGAGGCCGCAUUACCUUGAGAAUUGGUAAGAAAGAGGAAAGCUUUAAGUUGAAACCAAUGCAUGAGUCUUUGUCUCUUGUGCAAGGAAUUAUGUGUGCUAAUUCCCCUCACUCUAUUGAUAAUGUGUGCAUGAUUAAUUCUUCAACUAACGAUGUUCUUGAGAAUAGUGAUGAUGUUCUUUCAAGUUUUGAUGGCAAGAAGGUUAGUGAAGAGAAAAUGAUGAUUCCCAAGUUACGAACGGGGAGGAAGUUGAAAUACCUCAUUGGUUUGAGCUCUAUCCUCAAGAUGGAGAGGAUGUUUUCAUGA